CCUCCCGAAUCCAUCCAUCCAGCAGGUACCCACUCCAAUAAUAAAAGGUUGAAAAGUUUUGGAGAGGGGGUGGUCACAGCCGCGCCGCCGCCGGGCCGCCGGGGAUCUCGGCCGCAUUGCGCGUCCCCGCCGAGUACGGGCUCGGACCGGCGCUGCUCGUCGCUGUUUUCUCUGGGAGCGGCGGCGGUUGGCUGAUUCGGUGCCGGUUUCGCUUCGGCUGCUCCUCGAGCGGACUGGAGGGGCCUGCCGGAGCUCGGAGGCGGGGGUUCCUCAGCGUCCGGCCGGGUUUCCGCGGCCCGACGUUGGCUCCGGAGCGGCCCAGAUCAGGGCGGGCCGUGAGGUGGUGGUAUUCGUCGUGCACGGCGUGCAUUGGGAACGGAUUUGGUGGAAAGGGACAUCGGAAUCCUGCGCCCAAAAAGGCGCCAAGCUCUUCCUUCGGCUGAUGUAGCAAUCUUUAAUCAAAGUUGGUCCUCAAUAUACUGAUACUUCAAGAUGGAACAAAUUUCACUUGGCACCAGAUACAAGGAGUGCAGGCCACGAAGAACUAGCAGCUGUCAAACAAAAGUACUUGUUGGAAAGGAUGUAUUUAAUGAACUAGAGCAAAGGCGUUCAUCACCCAGUGUGAUUGCAAAACUUAUGGGAAUUGAGGUUCUACCACCUUCUAGUGCAGUGCAUAGUCGGCCUCAAGAAUUUAAGGAUGUCUUUGAAGUGUCAGAGGAGCCACCAGAGGCUGUCAAUAGAGAGAGGUCUCAUCAUUUCCCAAAGGGCUUGCCAAGCUUGAAACAAAGGGCGCUAAGAUUAAAAAAGCUUAUGCCAUCAAAAACUCUCCAUAGAGAUGAUACACAUGAUUGCCAUGUAGAGUGCACAGAUGGCUUGGGUUGCUUGAACUCAGUAGAAAUAAAUAAUCCUUUAUUUGAGAAGCGCCCUCAUGAUAUGAACUAUUGUGCAAAUUAUCAGUAUGAGAAAGAUACAUCAAGUGUUUGCAGGACGUACCCUGUGGGUUUAGCCAAUUCUUCGCUCAGCAAUCUUAGACUUUUAUCAAGAGCAAAAAAUGAAGAUUUCAACAGCAUUGUUGUUUUGGAGCCAUGCUUGGAAAAAGGCCAUGAUCCAGAAAACGUUUUUUCCAUUCCAUACCUUUCUCCUGUUAAUAAGAACUGCAGGAGAGGCAUGAAACAUAAGCAAUCUGAGUAUCUUGUAAUGGAGAACGGAAGAGUUCAGCAACAUCUGUUAGGUACUGAAGAUAUUAAUGUGCCUAGAAUUAGAAAAGAAAGAUUCUUGCCUAGUGACUCCAUUGAUCCACUGCAAAUUGGACAGGAAGCAUCAUUUCAUCAGUUUGGCAAUACUGAUGCAAGUUGUUCUGGAUCAUCUCAGAGGUAUUCUUGUGGUAAUGAUAACUUUAGGCAAACUAACAGGUCAUCAUCAAACAGCACACUGUCAAAAUUACGCCGGCAUGCAGAAUCAGCUGCCGGUUCGAAAACUCUUGCUGAAAUGUUUGCUUUAUCUGAUUCUGAAAGACUGAAGCUAAAUUCGAACUCACAUGCUCCGCUUCGACGCAAUAAGAUUGACCAUGACAAUGGUCAUAGCAAGGAUGGAUGCUUUAUAGUUUUACCAAAGCAUGCACCUCUGCUGUCUGUCCAAAGCUCAAUGGACAGGAAUUCUUGCUUGGAAGGCUCCUCUCAGGUUAAAAGUAAUCCAAAUAUAUCUAAUAGUUACAACAAUGGCAAAUGUCAGUUUGAUUCUUUCCAGGGUAAACCAAGACUGCGGAAGGAAAUUGGCAAUGGCGGUGAUGCUAACUUGAGGAAUGCUUCCUGUUUCCAAAAUCUGAUGGCAGACAACUUUUCAAGUCCUGAUUGCUCAAAUGAGAAAGUAUUGUUCACAACUGAUGAAGAUUUAGUGCAACAACCAGCAGAAUCUGAAGCUUCAGGGUUCAACUUGCGGUUUUCUAGGAAACAACGGGUGACAAGAUUGCCUUUCCAUGGUCAUGAUUAUGAAUCAAUAUCUGUUUCGGAUGAUACUGAUGGUUCAAAGUCUUGUAAAGGCUUAAAAGAGGUUGAGCAACCCAGCCCAGUGUCUAUCCUUGAGCCUCCAACUGAUGAAGAUAGUUGUUUUUCAGGAUGUUUCAACUAUGAUUUGCAAGAGAUGACUAAGAAACAAGGAGAUAGCCAUCAAAAUCAUGAUGAACCUGAAGUUUCCAUGUCUAGUGAUGAUGAAGACCAUUCUGCUUACCAAUCCUUGGAAGCAUUUCAGGUGGAGGAAGACAGGGACUUCUCAUAUCUCCUUGACAUACUCAUAUGCUCUGGUAUCAUAGUUGCUGACUGGCAGCUCAUCUGCAAGUCAUGGUACUCGCCUGGUUGCCCUGUUGGCCCUCAUGUCUUUGAAAGGCUUGAGAGGAAGUACAACAAAAUCGCCACAUGGGCAAAGCCUGAGAGGAGGCUUUUGUUUGACCUUGUGAAUUCAAUCCUUUCUGAGAUCCUUGCACCAUGCGUUGAUAUGCACCCAUGGGUGCAGCCAAGUAGACACUGUGUGCCUCUUUGGGGCCUAGAAGGGCCUGUUGAGAAGGUUUGGCAGACAAUUGUUAGGCAGCGGGAAGAUUGUGUCACAGGGCAUCCCGAUGAGAUGGUUCUUGAUACAAACUGGCUGGAAGUAGGCAACGACAUCAAUAUGGUGGGGAAGCAGAUAGCCAGGAUGUUGCAUGGGGACCUCUUGGAAGAAGUCAUACUGGACUUACUCAGAGGUUGGUAGUUUCAUGAGAACCCAACUAAGAACUUCGCCAUGGUAGCAGAGUACUAAGGCAACAUGGGGUUUCCCAAACUUCAAGCAGAUUAUGCUGAAGUCUGUAACGGCUUUUCAAGUGCACAUAUGCUGCAUUUUUCUUCUGGUUUGAGAUAGGAGCUAUGUAUCAUAUGUCAUUACACUGGAGAGCAUAAUAUACAGGCCAAAACACGCUACUGUAGUUAUUUCUGGAUUCUGUAGUGACAAAAGCUGUACUAUCCAACACUUUGAUGUGUGUAGUAAACUAGAAAUUAUAUCUA